AUGGAUAGGAUAUUGAAAGGUAUAAUGAAAUAUAGAGAAGUUACUAAGAAAACUAUGGUUAAACAGUUUGAAUGUGUUAAGGAUCACCCGACGCCAAAAGCUGUGUUCUUUACUUGUAUGGACAGUAGAAUGAUACCUACAAGAUUUACAGAAACUAAUGUUGGUGAUAUGUUUGUUGUUCGAAAUGCUGGUAAUUUGGUACCUCAUUCCCAACAUUUUUUGGAUGAAUAUAUAAGUGCUGAACCUGCUGCUUUAGAGUUAGGUUGUGUAGUAAAUGACAUUCGGCAUAUAAUUGUUUGCGGUCACAGCGAUUGUAAAGCAAUGAACCUGCUAUAUAAACUUCAGGAUAAUGCUUUCGCUUCUCAGGAUAAUAGGAGAAUAUCACCACUACGAGCAUGGUUAUGUUCGCAUGCCCAAAGCAGUCUGGAUAAAUUUCAACAACUUGCUCUUAGUGAUUAUAAAACACCUCUUAUUUUUACUGCUGAGACUCCUUUAAGAAAAUUUGUGGCUUAUAUAGAUCCUGAAGAUAAGUUUUCUGUUGAAGACAAAUUAUCACAGGUAAAUACUCUGCAGCAACUACAAAAUAUUGCAUCCUAUGGAUUUCUUAGGAAACGGUUGGAAAAACAUGAUCUGCACAUACAUGCAUUAUGGUUUGAUAUUUAUACAGGUGAAAUAUAUUAUUUUAGUCGCCAAGCUAAAACUUUUGUGUUAAUAGAUGAAACUUCUUUUAAUUAUUUAAUGAAAGAAGUUUGCAAAUAUUAUUCAUGACAUCUUUUGUUGUGUGUUAUAUAAAAAAGUUCAAAAAGUAUACUAAUAGCAUUGUAAAUUGUUUCAUAUAACAUUCACAUGUUUUAUGAAAACACAAUUUACAUAACUUUCAAAUCAAA